AUGGAUUUCUUCCCAAUAUCUACCUUCACAUUCCAAUGGAUGCUUGACAAGAUGUAUUCAACCAUUGAUUUGCUACACGUGCUGUCGCUUUGCACCAUAGUCGUAGGCGGGGCGACGAAUGCGCCAACAGCACAGGUCAAGAAUGGCACCUACACUGGCCGGUAUUCCGCGGAAUACAACCAAGACUUCUUCCUCGGAAUGCCAUAUGCGCAGCCUCCAAUCGGCGACCUACGGUUUCGACAAGCGCAAUCUCUGAACGACACUUGGGAGGGCACCCGCGAAGCCUGGACCUACUCGCCAUUAUGCGUCGGCUACGGUCUCGACCAAACAUUCUACAAUCAAUCCGAAGACUGUCUUACACUCAACGUAGUACGACCUUCAGGCUACACUGAACAACCUCUCCCAGUCGGGCUUUGGAUUCAUGGAGGUGGCUACACCAAUGGCGGCGGUGGAGACCAGCGCUACAACCUCUCCUUCAUCGUUGACCAAUCUAUCAAGAUAGGGAAGCCAUUCAUCGGGGUCUCUAUCAACUACCGCCUGCACGCAUGGGGCUUCUUGAAUUCCAAUGAUCUAGCGAGUGAAGGGCUGACCAACACCGGCCUCCGCGACCAGCGCCUCGCAAUGCACUGGGUGCAAGAGAACAUUGCAGCUUUCGGAGGCGACAACACCAAAGUCACCAUGUUUGGAGAAUCGGCGGGUGCUGCAAGUGUGGGUCUGCAUUUGACAGCAUACGCCGGGAGAAACGACAGCCUCUUCCGGGCGGCGAUAUUGCAGUCCGGGAAUCCUAUUUUCUACGGAGCGCAGAAUGGACCUGACUUUUACCAAUCCCAAUUCGACGAGAUUGUUGCCAACACGGGGUGCAACUUCACAUCGGACCCGAUACAGUGUAUGCGGCAGGUUCCCUUCGAACAGCUCAACGCCACCCUGGGCGCGUUGUACUUGGCGCACGGGAACCUCAGCCCGGUCAUUGACGGCGAUAUUGUUCAGACCUACGGCAGCGUACAUCUCCGGCGCGGGGAGUUCCUACGUGUACCAAUCAUCGUCGGCGCGAACAGCGAUGAAGGAGCCUCUCUCGGGCCGCAGGGUAUCAACAACACGGCAGACUUCAAGGUCACUCUCGCGAGCCUCCCAGUACCGUUUCAAGACCAGAUCCUGCAGGCCUACCCCGAUGACCUCUCCGUCAACGUGGUCGCCAGUCUCGGCCAGCAGCGCCCCGGCCCGCCAUAUGGGGCGCAGUUCCGCCGGAGCGCCUCGUAUUGGGGCGACGCCUUCUUCGUAGCUCCGCGCCGGCAGACGGCUGCGACCUGGGCUGCCUACGGACUGCCCGCGUACUCGUAUCGCUUCAACGCGAUCCCACACGGCGUUCCGCCCGAGGUCGGCGCGGGUCACUUCAAGGAGAUUGGCUACAUGUUCCGCAACUACAACGGUACAGGGUACAGGCCUGAUAUCUUGCCCUUCGAGGGGAUGCCGGAGGGCCAUUUUGCGCUGGCGACGUUGAUGUCGGGCAGUUGGGCUAGUUUUAUCAGUGAUCUUGAUCCGAAUGCCUGGGAAGGCAGGCCAGGGAAUGUUAGUGCGUGGUUGGAAUACUCCGUGGAUAACCCGAACAAUUUUGUUUUCGAUGCCAAUGUUACUAGUCAUACAGAAGUAGACGAUUUCCGAGAGGAGGGCAUUGAACUGAUCAAUAGAAAUGCGCUGGAUGUAUAUAGUCGAUAG